CCAAAUUUAGUUAAGAUGUGCAAAAGUCAAUUUUAUGAUUUAAAAUGUUACAGAAGGUAAAGGGUUAAGAGAAAAAAUGUUUGGUUGAAAUGUGCUUUGUUUUGGACGGGUUAUAUGCACUCAAGUUUGUUACUGCCUUGCUUUGACCCAAUUUGAUUGGUUAUUUACCUGGCAAUCAUUGAAAGUCUGUGUAAAGGGGCGGGGCUUAUUGGAAGUGCGCAGUUUUUGCAAGUGUGAUGAGCGAGAGAGCCUCGGUACGAUAGACGGGAGCUCAUAUAAAAUAUGCCAGACUUUUGGGACAACUUACCGUUGUGCUACGUUUGGAACUUGAUGUACCCAGUAAAAAGGAAAAACAGUUUUUCUCAGUGAAGAAGGCUUGCUCAGGAUAAUCUUUCUGAUCAAUGUGACCAAUAUCUCAUCAUCCCAUCUCCUGCGUGAGUUUCUUUAAGCUACGAGUUUCUAACUACCUCCGACCAGAUUUGUGACCACCCUGUGGAUUUGCCAGUCAUUAUUUUACACAUCCAGCACGGUUAUUUCAUCUUCACAAUUGCCACAUCGCUGUGCGUGAGUACAAUCUGCACGUGCAUUGAUUAUUUAAUUUUUUUUGUUUGCUUUAUAAGUGAAGCGGCCAGUUAAGUUUUGUUUUUUCGGCCACACCGUACUCAAGCAACGAACACAGGCCUGCAACGGUGGGGUUAUUACAAACUGUGUACGAGUGUGUGUGUGAUUGGGCCCUUUUCUUAUAAUGGUAUUCAGUGUUUCCCACAGAUCUGAAAUUUACUUGUGGUGGUAGCUGGUGAAAAGGGCAAUCAUUAUUAUCCACCGACAAAAAAUGGUCUACUAUACAUGUAACAAAGAACUAAUAAUGUGUGACACAACACAAUACUUUGAUUUAUAAAACAUUCAUAUUAAUUUCACAUUAUAGUUCAUUAAUCUAACCACCCCAAACUUUUUUUGCCAUAAACAAAGCUGACACUGUUUGUCAAAGCACCACGAAAACACUUUAUGUUUUUGCACUGAUAUAUGAAGCAAUUUGAUGACCCCUUUUAUCAAACUCAAUUAUAUACAAUACUAUGUAUACUAUAGCCUAUAUAGACAGUGCAGGUCUAUAGAUGAUAAAUGUGACUGAUGUUAUAAUGUUAAUAACUUCUAUAAGAUAGGCACUUUUACUGCUUCUGCUUUCUAUUACUGUUUUUCCGAUUAAAAAAAGCUUAAUCCACUUAUUAUUUCAGAUUUAAAAGUCUACUUGCUGUCCCGAUGACAGACUUUACAUUACAGCUUUGCGUUUUUUAUAUCCUGAGUCAGCUAGAGCUUUGCUCAUUCAGUAUUAGCACUGCUUUUUGCUACAAUCUCUGUGCAAACUGUUUAGAUUUUAGUAAAGAUAUUGUCUAUUAAUAGUAAGAUUAUUAAAAAAUGGGAAAAAGAAAAUGAAGCGGCGCGUGGUCGUGACAAGAGCCAGUUGCUAUCGCCAUAGAAACCGGAGGCACGCUAAAACAGCACUCGAGCUUUAGCGCGGUAGCGCUCACGGCCGUUCUCCGAUCGACUCGGGUUUUACACACAAUAUUAAUCAGACUUGGGACCCGAAGUAAUGAACUAGGACCGACCCGGACCCAUCUGACCAUUUAAAAUAUAAACCCGGAACCGUACGGGUCCCGCGUCCUCAGUGAAGAAAGACCUCUAAUGGUAAAACUCUGCUCAAGUUCAGAAAAAUGAAAGGAUACAAUGUGACACUGAGGUUGCUUCGCGUCGUGCCCAAUUCAUUGAGAAACAGAGAGCACGUGAACGGACACUCAACCGGAGAGACACAACGUGCUUGCACGCAAAAUGAAGCCAACUUAGAUGCUAUAAACACAUAUGCACAUAAGCAUAUGCGACCAUUUUGGUCGCAGUGUGUUCCCUGGCUGCUCCGUAUGUGCUGCUGCAGUUGAUCCAGUUUGCCGCGCUGGAUGAUGAGUUUAUGACGCGUGCAUCAUCUUCACAGUCACCCGACCCCCACCUCUCUCUCGCGCUCUCUCUUUCGCGCUCUCUCUCUCCAAAACACGGGUCAUCCAGUCGAGUUCAGAAAAUACGGAAAUUCGUAAAGUGAUUUUUUUUUACCUGGGCGGGUCGCAAUUUACCUGGGCGCAGCGCCCAAGUAGAGCCUAUGUAUGGGAAACACUGGGUAUUUGUGUGUUUAAAUCAUUCAUAUAUAUUAAGACAGUUAUUGGUUAAAAAGAACAGAUAAUUGGUCUUAUUGGAUAUUGUAAAGGUAACACAGAAAAUCUUGAUUUAAGAAAAUACUUUAAGCCCUAAAUGUAAACAAGGUUUACAAAACUUGUAUUUUACUUUCAUACACUUUUUAUUUUAUUGGUAAAUAGAUAUCCUGUUUAGAAAAAACAAUUGAAUGUCAUAUAUUUUGUUUAUCUUAAGUGUUUUUCAAUACAUUUAUAUUUGAUACAAUUUCUUCAUUGUUUCUUGUCCUCAGUAAGUACAAAUAAUUUACACUAACUGUUGAGGGAACCUAAAGAGUACCCAUGAACCCCUCCCUUGUUAUACUAGUUUAAUUCUAAUUUUGGAUAAUAUAGGAGGUAGGGGUUUCAUAAAAUGGAGGCACCGCUGAGAUAAAAUUCCCUAAAUUACAAUAGUUUACCCAGUUAAAGCAUACAUUGAAGCACAUAAAAUAGCUAUGGCUGGCAAAGCAAGUUCCACCUUGGUCUUUGAGCUUCGUAAUUGGUGCAGAGGAGAAGGAAUUGAUUCCGCCAAGGCUAUUCUGUUAACCAGAGUGGCAGAAGAAGCAGAGGUAGCAUUCAUUGAAGAAACUCUGCAGCAGAUCAAAUCACUUGGCCGAGUGCGAGUGAGAGGAAAAAUGUUCAAAUCUGAUCAAAACUACAUGGCUGUGUUAUGUGAAUGCAGUGAAACAAUAGAUGCAGCCACCCUUCUUCCUGAUGUUAUGCCCUUGGGUGGAGGGGAUACGUGGAUUAUAACAACUGCAGGUGAUGAGAGCCAUGGUACAGAGAGUUUUGCAGAGAAAUUGUCUACACUAUUAAGAGAUGAGGGUAAGACAAUGGAAGAUGCCCAAGCUCUCUUAUCUCCUAACUUGGGUUCAGGUAAUAGCCCUGAGUCUAUAAUUAGAGCUGUAGGGGAUCUCCUAGAAAAAACAACCACAUCUACCUCGGAAAGCAGUGUUUACCGCCGCCUUAGAACUUUUUCGGGAGUAAGCCCUACUCCUGCUGGAGAAGAAAAUCUAGAGAGUUGGAGUGAACAAGCAAGACUGAUGGUAGAGGAAUGUGACUGUCCUGUCAAAGAAAAGAAGAGGAGAAUUGUUGAGAGUUUAAAAGGCCCCGCACUAGAUAUCAUUCAAGCCGUGAGACUUACCAACUCAAGUGCAAGUCCUAUGGAAUACAUUGAGGCAUUGGAAAGUGCAUUCGGUACGUCCGAGUCUGGAGAAGACCUGUACUUUGCAUUUAGGUUACUGAGACAAAAGCCAGGUGAGCUGUUAUCUGCCUUUCUCAGAAGAAUAGAGAAAUCGCUUACUAAACUUGUACAGAAAGGAGGUCUUGAGCGUGAGUUAGCGGAUAGAGCUAGAGGCUUAUUCGUGGUGCAACAGAGUCUGAUUUGAUGCUGCUGCAGUUGAGAUUAAGAGAAAGGAAAAGUAGUCCUCCCAAUUUUUUGCAGCUUUUGGGGGAAAUUAGAGAGGAGGAGGAACAUGAAGCAGCAAGGCAUAAAUUAUCAGCACGGCGAUCACAUGUCAAAACAGUGCAAGUUGAUACCACCACAGGCGAUGAACCAUCUGAAAUAUCCAGACUACAGGCCGAAUUAAAAGAGGUGAAGUUAAUGGUGACUCAUUUAACUUCAGCAGAGCUCUCUUCACCCACUGCUUUAGUUAAUAGUGCUAGAGUGGCAAAGAAAUCAUCCAAAGCAGAACAAAACAGUGAAGUGGAGGCUUUACGGAAACAGGUUCAAGAUUUAAAGAUUCAGCUAAAUGCUGUGUUGGUAAAACAACCAAAUACACAAGAAGUGUCUCAGACAACAUCUAAAGAAGUUUCAAGUACUUCCUCCAAAACAGUAAGACGUUCAUCUUCUCAAGAGAGUGAUACUUUUUUCUGCUACCGAUGCGGCGAAGAUGGGCAUAUUGCCACUAAAUGCAUAUCUCCUGAGAAUUCCAACAAAGUAAUUCAGAAAUUACUACAAGCUUUGCGGAGAGCUAAAGAAGCAAGAAAAGUAUCACCUCAGGGUAAUGUUACAGAACACUGCAAUGUGAGAACAAGCACUGUUGAACCAGUGAAACCAAAUUUGCAUAUUCCAAAAGGAUUGGUGGGCCCUUCGUCUACUAUAGAUGUUAAAGUAUGCGGCCAUUCUUGCAAAGCCUUAUUGGAUACUGUCUCACAGGUCACAAUAAUAUUUGAAAGUUGGCACUCAAAAUACCUGUCAAACGUUCCCAUUCAGCCUGUCACUGGUCUUGUGAUAUGGGGUUUGAUUGAAGCAAGCUAUCCAUACAAAGGAUACAUCGUAGUUGAGCUUGAAUUCUCAGAGAAAUUGGGUGUUUCUGGAUCUCUGUCUGUUCUUGCCUUGGUAUGUCCAGAGCCUCAUAGCCCUGACCACGUUCCGAUUAUAAUUGGAACCAAUGCCAAUCUGUUCAAACGCCUAGCUGACCUUUGUACUACACAAUCAAGUGAUGCCUCAGUGUCGUCUCUUCGGAUACAGCCGCUGAUCUUACAGGCUCAACAGCAGAAACAAAAGGCUGAAAUGAUCAAAUGGACAGAUGAGUCCAUUGGACAAGUGAAAUGGUUGGGUCCUGGUUCAUUAAAUAUUGAUCCCAGAAAGGAAUGUUUAGUUUCCUGUAAAGUAGAGCAACAACGUUCACUCUCCAGAGAAAUGUUGUUAGUUGAAACACCUACUUCUCUUACUCUUCCAGCUGGAGUAUUGUUACCGUCGUUUGUGCUACCUGCCUCACAGAUGGAUGUAAAUGGGCUUCCUGUUCUGUUGCAAAAUGACACCUUAAAACCCGUCUCACUUCCUGAGGGCACCGUUCUUGCACAUAUCUAUGCUACUGAUAUUGUGACUGUUGUCCAGCAGUCUGAUACUCAACCUGAUGCUCUUGAUCCCAGCCUCUUUAGCUUUGGUGAGUCACCCAUGUCAGAAAGCUGGAAGAAAAGAUUGAGUCAAAAGCUUGCUGAGAAGCGCAAUGUUUUCUCUCUUAAUGAGUGGGAUGUAGGUUUAGCUAAGGGAGUAGAACACCAUAUCCGACUCAGUGACCCUCGUCCAUUCAGAGAGCGAUCACGCCGCUUGGCACCAGCUGACAUUGAUGAUGUCCGUCGGCAUCUCCAAGAAUUACUAGCAGCUGGUAUAAUCAAAGAGUCACGCAGUCCAUAUGCCUCUCCUAUUGUCAUCGCAAGGAAGAAAAAUGGCAGUGUCAGAAUGUGUGUUGAUUAUCGCACUCUUAACAACCGCACAAUACCUGACCAGUACACCAUGCCACGCAUAGACGAUGCGUUGGACUGCUUAUCAGGAAGCAAAUGGUUUUCUGUCCUUGACCUUCGAGGCGGAUACUACCAGAUAGAAAUGGCUGAAGAAGACAAGGAAAAGACAGCUUUCAUAUGUCCCCUUGGAUUUUUCCAAUUCCAACGAAUGCCACAGGGAAUCACUGGGGCCCCUGCAACAUUUCAACGUCUUAUGGAGAAGGCUGUGGGUGAUAUUAAUCUUCUUCAAGUCGUGGUCUAUCUGGAUGACAUCAUAGUGUUUGGGAAAACCUUGGAAGAACAUGAAGAACGCCUUUUAAAGGUGCUGGAUAGGCUAGAGGAGGUUGGUUUGAAGAUAUCCAUCGAUAAAUGUCAGUUCUGCCAACCCAAAGUCAAGUACGUUGGGCACAUUGUGUCAGAAGCGGGCAUAGCCACAGAUCCUAAGAAAGUGGAAUUAGUGAAACAAUGGAAACAGCCCAUGCACUGAUCUUAAAGCAUUAA